GGAAACAUAUUUUGGUUGCUUUUACAUGUUUUCUAGCCUAGCCGACAUUAACUUUAAAUUCAAGUCACUUUGGCUAACACUUUCCAUCAUCUCGGAUGGAGCCAAAAUUUCACCAUUUUUGGCUUUGGGAUGUGAUGGAAUAAAUCAAAAUGGAUCUCUAAACUGUCUGUGCUUCUUUAAUUAAUGAAGUAGCAGUUAGUUAAGCAAUGCAACUUUCGACGUUGAGCCGGGGGUCUCUUUGGAAACAGCCACUCUACUUUCGAGUAGGGGCAAGUUUGUUGCGUAUAGAUAUAUUUCCCUCCCAUCUCAUCAACUCUUCUUAAAGCCAUGAAAUACAAUGAAAUAUGCCACUUUAGCCACCCACAACACAAGAUGGGAUUCGAGUACUCGGAGUUGCCGUUCAAGUGCGAUGGGUGCAAGGAGGCGGGGAUCGGGUCCCGCUACAAAUGCGGGACCUGCGACUACGACCUCCACUUGCACUGCGCGGUCCCCGCCUCCGCCAUCGCACACCCUUUCUACCCCAAGUGUUCGUUCCAGUUCUUGGCACGGCCCCCAGGGAGCGUGCCGAGGUACUGCAACGCAUGCGAGAAGGACAUUUCCGGCUUCCUUUACCACUGUAACUCGUGUGGAUUCGAUCUCCACCCGUGCUGCGCCAAGCUCCCCACGGUGCUUCAAGAUGGUGAAGUCAAGCUUUAUUUGUACCGCAAGGUGAGCGCGUCGUGCCACCGGUGUGGGAGGAAGGGGAGGAGUUGGAGCUACCGGUCGACGUGCAAGAAGUACAACCUGCACGUGGCGUGCGUGAAGGAGAUGCUGGUGGACAUAUGGCAUGAGAUUUACUAUGGGAGCAGAGGUAUUAGUGCUAGUUGUGGGAGUGGUAGCAGCAAACCGGAGGCAGCAAUUCCGAGCUUGAAGGGAACCUUGCAGACGUAUCAUAGGAAGAGCAAAGGGAACAAAGUGCAAAGGUGCUGUGAGAUGGCUGUUCUUGCUCUCCAGUUUGUCAUUUCUGCUGUUCUUGGGGAUCCUACUACUCUCAUUGCUGGUGUGGUUGCCGCACUCAUGUCUAGAUAAUGUUUCAGUACAGUCUAUAUGAAUCAUCAUAUCAAUGGACUAAUCCUAUACUUGGAGUAUAUAUUAUCUUGUAUCAAUCAUAUUCAAUCAAACAUAUGUGCAUGCAUGAUGCAUGCACCAUGUAUGUGCAUAAAUGGGAAAAUGUUAU